CUGAAAACCCACAGCCUGGACUCAGAGCUCAAGUCUGAACUCUACCUCCAGACAGAAUGAAGUUCAUCUCGGCGUCUCUGCUUCUCAUGCUGCUGGUCAGCAGCCUCUCUCCAGUCCAAGGUGUUCUAGAGGUCUAUUACACACACUUGAGGUGUAGAUGUGUCCAAGAGAGCUCACUCUUUAUCCCCAGACGCUUCAUCGAUCGAAUUCAAAUCUCGCCUCGUGGGAAUGGUUGUCCAAGGAAAGAAAUCAUAGUCUGGAAGAAGAACAAGUCAGUUGUGUGUGUGGACCCUCAAGCUGAAUGGAUACAGAGAAUAAUGGAAACGUUGAGAAAAAAAAUUUCUUCAGCUCCACCAGUUCCAGUGUUUAAGAGAAAGAUUCCCUGAUGCUGAUAUUACCGCUAAGAACACCUACAUUCUUCCCUUAUCCUUGCUCUGGAUUUUAGUUUUGUGCUUAGUUAAACCUUUUCCAGGAAAAAGAACUUCCCCAUACAAAUAAGCAUGAGACUAUACGUAAAAAUAACCUUGCAGAAGCUGAUGGGGUGAACUCAAGCUUCUUCACUCACAGAACCCUAUAUACACGUGGAGUCUGCAUUCUUAUUCAUUAGGGAGGCCAGUUUCUUUGAAAACAGUUAUUCAGUUAUAAAUAAUAUAGGAGUAUUUUGAUAAUAUACUUGUUGUUUAAUGUUUAACAUUUCUUAGAAAAUAAUGGAAUGAGAAUUUAAGCCUCAAAUUUGAACAUGUGGCUUGAAUUAAGAAGAAAAUUAUGGCAUAUAUUAAAAGCAGGCUUCCAUGAAAGACUCAAAAAGCUGCCUGGGAGGUGGAUGGAACUUGAGCCUGUCAAGAGGCAAAGGAAUCCACGUAUCCUCUGCUUAAAAACUCACUAUGGAGGAGAAUUAAGUCCUACUUUUAAAGAGUUUCUUUAUAAAAUUUACUGUCUAAGAUUAAUAGCAUUCAAAGAUCCCCAGACUUCAUAGAAUACUCAGGAAAAGCAUUUAAAGGGUGAUGUACACAUGGAUUCUUUCACACAUUUGCCUUGACAAACUUCUUUCACUUGCGUCUUUUACACUGACUUUUUUUUGUGGGGGUGGGGGUGGGGGACUCUGGUAUCAAAUUCUUUAAUGAUUCCUAUAAAUCUAAUGACAUUCAAUAAAGUUGAGCAAACAUUUUACUUAA